AUGAUCCUUGGCCAGAUAGCAUGGCUCGAUUGCUUUGCCUUUCUGGUAUUCCUCGCGCCGCAACUUAUCAUUCACGUGGGCCUGUUCCGGACAGCAUGGGUUGGCAUUAAAGCAUUGCCAUUCUUACUACUUCGACUACCACACAACCUCAUAAGAGAACGAUACUUCACCGCCAAGAAGAACAGAUCUCCAUUCGUGCAGCGGGCGACACUAUUCCAAGAUCUCGUCAUCCGAGUCGUUCGAUAUGCUUUCUCGGACAUUCCCGCCGCGGUCGGCAAGGUCUUUUUCAGCAAAUGGGUGGCCUUGCCGUUCAUCAAGAUCCGAAUGUUACGGCACGGUAUCUGGAAGAGUCCUAUUUACUGGCGUGAGGUGAACGAGGACGGCCGUAAAGGCAUCUACGCCAUCCACGAUAGCUCCCGCCGUCCCGACAUCGUCGUAUAUUACUGUCACGGCGGCGGCUUCUCCAUGGGUUCUUCCUUCUUCUACCUCGAAUUCCUGCUCGUCUGGUUGACUCUCCUCAAAAACGCCGGCUACGCCAAUCCAGCCCUAUUCGCUCUCGAGUACACUCUCGUCCCGACUGCGACUUAUCCGACUCAAGUGCAAGAAGCGCUAGCAGGCUACAAAUACGUGCUCUCGCUCGUCGACUCACCCUCUCAAAUAUGUGUGUCCGGCGACUCGGCCGGCGCCACGCUGAUUCUGAGCUUGAUGCUCUGUGUAUCCGGAUAUUCAGGCCUGAAGAACAAAAUGCCAGGUCUUGCGGUCAUCAUCUCUCCUUGGGCAACGAUCAUCUCGCCGAAGAACAAGAACACUGCAUCCGACUACCUGAAUGCGGAGAGUUUACAUCUCUACGGUACGCAGUACAUCGGCGAGAACGGCUCGCAAGACAAUGCGUUGGUGUCUCCGGGAACUUGUACGGAUCUGAGCUGGUGGCGGCGAGCGAGUCCCAGUCAGGGAUGGUACUUCAUCUAUGGGUCGGAGGAAGUGUUUGCGCCGGAGACGAAGGAUUUAGUAGCGAGAUUGAAGAAGGCCGAGGUGACGGUGGAGGAGCACGAGGAGGAAGGGUGGAUUCAUGCAUGGCCGGUGGUGAAGCUAUUUUUGUGCAAUGGGCAAGAAGAAAGAUUGAGUGGGUUGAACAGGAUGGUGGCUGUCAUGGCUAAGAGGAUGAACAGGCGUAAGGCGGAUUGA